AUGGAUGCCCUAUCUCGUGUGAUCCCAUAUGAAGGGCCCUAUGCUGACUUCUCCGUCAAGGAGGUCUGUGCUGGCAUUGGCGGUAUCGGCACUGGUGCCCGUGCACUUGGUGCUCAGGUGGUUGCAGUCCUUGACUGCAAUGAGCUUGCUUGCUCCCACCUUAUCCUCAACUUGGACGGCAAUAGCAGUGCUCUUUGUCGAGAUCUUUGUGAUGAUUCGGCAAAAGGAGAUUUACACAUUGCUGGCGGCCGAUCGGCAUCCAUUUUGACGGCUGGCUUCCCGUGCCAACCACAUUCCACACAAGGAAGUAGGGGAGGCUUCAGGGAUCCACGUCACAAGGUUUUCAUUGAAGUUCUCAGAACGGCCUAUCUUCACAUGGUAGAUUGUCUUGUUCUUGAGUGUACCCCACAAGCUCAGUACGAUCAUGGGGUUCGGACCGGACUUGACUUGUUAGCUGAAGUGAUGGGGUGGCAGAUUCAUGAAACCACACUUGUUUUGUCACAUCAGUGGCCUUGCCGUCGUCACCGUUGGUGGGCCAUUCUGUGCCCAGCCGAUUGGCACACUACGACACUGACAAAAUGGCCAGAAGAUCGCAGCCAUCAACAGGUUGGCACUGUGGUGACCCGCUGGCGUUGUUGGCCGGAAUCCCAUGAGUAUGACUUGCAGCUUACUGAGACUGAGUAUGCGGCGUACAACUCUCCGCAUUUUGGCGAUGAUCAGCGGUUGCUCACUGCUGCAGACAUGGCGCCCACCUUUUUGCAUUCCUACGGGUGCGCACUUCAGGCGUGCCCUUGUCAGUGCCGUGACAUGGCCUUCUCGGAGGAGACAUUGCGCACUCGAGGUCUUCGUGGCUGCUAUGUGAUUUCACAGUUUUUGGCCACACCAAGAUUCUUGCACCCCAUGGAGUUGGCGGCAUUGCUGGGAUUUCCAGCCACCAUGAGCCAUCUUUCCUCCAUGAGGGGCAUGUUGUGCCUGUUGGGGGCAGUGGCCUCACCACUACAAUCAUUGUGGGUUUUUGCUUGUCUUCGUUCAAUGAUGCAUGGCUCCAAUGCGGCGGACACUCAAGCUUUUGCCCUGCAGGCGCUGCAGGAGUACAAGAUCCACUUGCUGCAGGGCUAUGAUCAUUUGUGGGGCUCCACCUCGGCAGUGCCGAGACCUUUGCGGUUGUGCACAUCUGACCAGGUGGAUAUCAUCAUCAUGGUUUGCGGCUUGGUCACUGUGGCUGAGAUCCUCUCUGCAGAUGCCUUCGCUCAUGCCCCUGGGGCGCAACAGAGUCUUUGUGAUGGCUCACGCUCUUUGCCCCCAGGCCAAUUCUUGUUGCAGCAUGGUGCUCAUGGACCUUACCACUUGCGCAUGAUUCACCCUGGACAAGCCGUGACACCGGCACAGGUUGUGGUGGGCAUUGAGCAUGCUUCUCAUUUGCAUGUGACAUUUUUACCUCUUGGUGGAUUUCUUUUUGAGGCUUUGCAGAGCUGUGGCAUUUCAGCCGUCCAGUACCUUUUUGAUCGACUGGGUCAUUGCUAUGGAUUGGAUUAUCGGGUGCAAGGUAGUCUUCGCCUGACCACUCAGCCACAUCCUGAUGAUGGGACCACGAUGGCAUAUGGACUUUCAUGGCCGGCAGCACUUGGCCUCAAUGCGGAGAUGGUUUGGUUCUACAUGAACAGCCUACUUGCUCGGCAUGUAGGGUUGACCAAGUCUUGGUUGGUGCUUCCACCACUUUGUGCCAGUUCUUCUCAACAGUUUCCAUUUUUGCAUCAGCACUGCUCGAUGGAAUUCUUUGCUUUGCCUUGUCCCACAUUGGUAUUGUGCAUUUGCGCUGUCGAUCAGCACUGGAUUCUUUUGACUGGACUUUGGCAUGGCUCCGGCCGCAUUUGGACUUGCUUUGAUGGACUUCAGCCUCUUGCCGGCUCGGCCAUGGUGAAUUGGGUGAGAUCUUUUGCCCGUUCACUGGCGAUGACUUUGCAAGAAUCAUUUGAGGGCCUUCGGUGUGCUUCUUGGAUUUGCCAAUUUCAUUCACACACCUGUGGUUCAGUUGCUCUUGGUCACUUGCUUUGUUUGCUUGGCUGGGUGGGCAUUUGGACGCCCCAAUUGGAAUUGGCCUUUCAUCAAAGCCUUCUUGAUCAACAAGCUGGGGGCUCCUUCAUGGCUUUUGGGCGAUCAGCAUCCGAACUUGUCGAACAACUGGCUACUCUACUUCUUGACAAGGGAGUUCCAGAUGCGGACGUUCAACAACGGGCGCAGGAUGUGUUGCAGACCUUGGGUCAUGCGGCCGUGACUGAAGCUCUCGGCACCUCUAAUCCAUGGGCAACCCUCAAAGGUUUGGCAUCUCGCCCUUCUACCAGAAUGCGAUUGGUGAAAGAACAUGAACUCAGAGCUCAUAUCAAUCAACAGGCCACCAAGAAACAUGGGGCUCACAUCCCACGGGCGAAGCAAAAGAAGCAGACCUCGCAGUCUUCAUCACUUCCACCAGUGGAUCCUGGAACACUUCAAUUGGUUCCCAAUACUUUCGUGGAUGAUGAUGGGGAUGCCAUACCUCAAAUACCCUUCCAUGAGGUCAGCAAGGAUGCGCAUGGCAUUGCUUUUUGCACACAUCGGCAAGCACAGCCCUUCAUUGAUGCCCAGGACAACAUUAGCUCCACCACCUUGGGUUUGCUCAUCACCACUGAGGUUCCCCUGUCCAUUGGGCAAAUGACCAAUUUGACUUCAAUGCGCUUUCCUGCACUAUGCUUGGCCACCGAUGAGCCAUUGCUGAUCCAGGGGUCGCUGCUUACUUUGAGUGAUGGUGCAAUUCAUCGACAUGAGGUUGACACUCCUGAAUUGUCAGUGUACAGCACGGACAUUGUGAAGGUUCAGAUCCACAAGGAUGAGAUCAACAUGGAUUGGCAGCAGGUGGUUCGGGGACCCAUUCGUGCGCUUUUGCAACUCUCCCCUUUGUUUCGCCUAUGUUCUGGAAAACAAUGUGGGGCAGAUUGCCCCCUGUAUCAUCCGCCAUUGGAUGAAGAGUUGCCUGGCUUGAUCUUGGACAUUUGGGCUCGCAACUUCUGCAACCUCAACGGCAAGACCACGAAGGCGGACCUUGCUGCCUAUUUUCAGGUGCUUCUCCGUAUCCCAUCUGUGGCUUUGGAUCAUGUCCUGCGCAUCAAUGUCCCCGGAGUUUACGUUGAGCCUAGAGCAUCGCAGGAGCGGGGUCCUCAUCCGGACUACUGCGUCAUUUGGCUCCCUGGACUUUCAUUGGAGCAGGCCAUGCACAAGCUUCGAACUUGUGAUCAUGGACUUUCUUUGGCCAAAAUGAAUCAUCGCUAUGGAGUUCGGGUGCGAGCACUUCAUGAGCAAGCCACCCAUCAAGCACUCCGUCCUGAUGAGGAGUACGUGGCGGUCCAGAUCAAGCAGGUCUACACCAUUUUCCCCUUGCCACAUGGACUUUCCAGACAGCAAGUCAGCAAGUUACUGACGGCAUGGGGUUGGCGGGCCAAACCGCUGCAAACCACCAAAGGCACCAAUCAAGGACAGGGUUGGUCAGUGGGCUCGGACAAUCCUCCUCCGAGCAAAGUUAUGCGGGGCUUUGACCGGGAUCUUUUGAUCACGCUGCAGAAAGAUACUUCAUCUUCAUCUUCCACUGCUUCAGUGGUGGCCUCGCAGCGAACCAAACGUUUUUUGAAGGAAGGGGCUCUUCAGUCCACCAAUGAGGAUCCGUGGCACAAUGGCGCGGAUCCAUGGGCUAAUCAUAGACCCACUACGGCUGCCACUCCUUCGACUUCGGCACCAGCGCGUCGUUUGGAACAGUUGCAGGCAGCGAUUCGUGAAGAAGUUCAACAGCAAGUCCAGCAAGCUCCUCCUGGCCUUUCACCCAGCCUCACCCCGCCAGACUCGGUCAUCCAGCAGCUCCAAGUGAACAUCACUGAACUGCAAGCUCAAGGUGGUCAAUUCCAACAAUGGUUCCAUGAAGCUGGACAGCGUAUGAGUGCCAAUGAACAACAGCUCCAGCAUCUUCACACGGUUGUCGAACAACAAGGACAACAUGUUGCCAAACAGAUUGAUAUGAUCCAGCAGGAAGUCGACAACAAGACUCAAAUCCUGCAAAGCUCCCUGCAGGGAUCUUUGGCCGCGAUGCAACGAGACUUUGAUGUAUCCUUGGACACCAAGCUCUCCAAUCGAUUCGAUCGUAUUGAAUCGAUGUUGGCCAAGAAGCGAGCCUUCUUUCCUUGGUUGCUUUGGAUUUGUCUCUUCAUGCCCUGGGCAUGGGCCAAUGGAUUGCAAUUCUCUCACGUGCCGGACACUUGGACUUUCUCUUCUACAGCUGCGAUGGACUUCGACACAGCUGGUCCGGGCACUCGCCGCAGUUCCUCCUGCAACUACUGGUCCCAGCUUGGAUUUUCAGCUGGUGGAUUUCGUUUUGGUGAAGCUGAGCACCCGGGCCCUGGUGGUGCUCCGGAUGGCAGCACUUUGGGGUCCCCUGACUCCCUGGAUUUUCAGCGCCUGCGGGUUGGAACUUGGUCUGGGGUGGGGGCCAUUUCCGACUUUCCUUCUCAAGAACUUUCUGUUCCUUGGCCAGAUGGAGAAAGAGAUGCUGGAAGGGUCAUGCUUUCACGGCAUUUUGUUGGUCCCACGCCAUUUACUGUGGCUUCCAUUUAUGGAUUUCCUGCGGGUCCCACCUGGCCUCGUAACCGUAGUCUGACUGAGCAACUGCUCACUACGGUGACCAAAGAAGUGGUGCUCGGCACCAGUGGCUGCCGCAUCAUCCAAGGGGAUUUCAACCAACCUGCGGAUGGGCUUGAUGCCUUUCAGAUCUGGCGACACUAUGGCUGGGUGGAGGCACAAUGUUUGGCAAAGGAUCUGUGGGGGCGUCACAUCGAAGCCACGUGCAAGAAUGCCUCCACGGUGGAUCUGAUGUGGCUCUCUCCGGAAGCGGCAAUGCUUUGUGUUCAAGUGGGCACCAUGGAUGUUUUUGCGGACCACCUUACGGUCUAUCUUGAUUUUCAGCUUCCUUUGCGGGCCAUGACAAUCACCCGCUGGCCUUUGCCUUCCAUCAUUGAUUGGACCCAGGUGGACAUGGAUCGCUGGCAACAUACUUGCGCUGCUGAUCAUGGUCCUCGUUUUGCUGGGGGUGAUCCUGAUGUUUUUUUGGCACAAUGGGCGCAUCAUUGGGAAUCCACUCUUCAUGGUGCCAUUCAAGAUCAACCAGAUGGCCGAUUGCCUUCUCGUUGUGCUGGCCGCGCUCAACGGACCAAGCCCUGUCGAUCACCUCUACUUCCUCCAACCGCCAAACCCUCGCGGCAGGGAGAAGUUUACCUGCACAACAAUCUGGUUUCCAUGGCAGUGCAUAAGUGGUUCAAACAGUUGAGACGCUUGCAGAGCUACAAACAUGCCGCCAUUGCCAAUAAGCAGACCUUGGAUGCGGAAUGCUACCGACUUCACCUUUGGCAUGCUAUCAAACGAGCUUCUGGCUUUAGCUCAACUUUUGCUCAGUGGUGGAACAAUCGUCACCACAAGACGCCUGCGGCCCCAUCCCAAUUGCCACUUGCUCCACCAUCGGGGCUUGUUGCGGAUGCGAUUUUCUUGGACUUCAAGUUGAACUUUGAGCGUUUCGAGCGAUGGCAUUGCCGACAGAAGGGCAAGCUGCUGCAGGCAAAGUAUGACCAGACUUGCAAAGCGCUCUUUAGAGAUCUUCGGGAUCCUGGACGAGGGCAACUGGACUUUUUGUGGGAUACCACUUGUUUUGCGGUGCUUGACUUCAGCUUAGAAUCCAAGCAGAUCCAUCUAGAUCAUCCAUGCACCUCGGGUUCAUCUUGCAGAUGGUUUCUCAAUGGCACGCAGCUGCAGGUGUUGGACGCUGAUGGGGAUUUGCUCACUUUGGAAUCCAUCCCUGGCACUUUGGAGGUUGGUGAUGAACUACAGCAGGUUCGGUUUUUCACCUCCUUGGGUGAGAUCCACCAAGCGAUGUUGGAGCUUUGGCGCCCGAGAUGGCAGAAGGCGUCACAGAUUGGGACGGCGGACUGGAAUCGAAUUUUGGGCUUCAUUCAGGCAUUCAUGCCUACACUGCAGUUCCCUGAUCCACCGCUGGCUAUUUCUGCCUGGAAAACUAUGCUGCGAAGAUUUCCUCCUCGAGCUGCACGAGGGGUGGACGGCAUUGCUGUGGCGGAUCUGGCUCAUCUUCCAGAUUCCAUCACCCAGAACCUCUUGGAUUUUUUGGGGCAGAUCGAUGGCAGUGCUUGCAAGUGGCCUUCUCAACUUUUGUUUGGCAAAGUUCUGGGUUUGGCGAAACAGGAACAUUCACAUCUUCCUGCCCACUAUCGACCGGUGGUGUUGAUGAAAUCACGGAUGGUUUCCUUGGACAAGAAGUGGGCUCGUUUGAAGCGCAGUCGGGCUCCACUUUAUCAGAAGAUCCUAGUUUUGCCAGCUUCGUUUUGGGCGGCAGCGCUUCAUGGUGCUGUGAUUUGCCCUUUGCCAGAUGGUCAUUUACAUGCUCUUCGAAAAGCUGCCCAUCGUGCGUUGCAUUUGAAUCAAGCAGGCGCCAAUGCUUUGCUUCGUUUCUCUUUGCAGCCCAAUAUGAUGGCGGAUCCGGGCUUCUAUUACGUUGUCAUGGUCAUGAGCACAUUCCAAAGGGUGUGCCGUCGCUCGGCCUCACUUUUGGAUCUCUGGCGAUGGUGGACUCAAUCUUUUGCUGGCGACCUUCAACAAGGCCCAUUCAGCGUGCUGAUGCAGACUCUGAACAGUGUUGGCUGGGCUGUCCUUGAGCCUCCUUUGGUACAAGACCAUUUGGGUGAUGUGCAUGACUUCAUGCUUCUGGAUGGCUCACUCAUGCGAAAGAUGCUGCAAGAUGCCUGGUUGUUGCGGGUUUCUCAACAAGUUCGACAUCGUCCCACGAUGCAACAGCUGACCGGCAUCGACCGCUAUAUCACCGUUGAGAGUAAUGGCGGUCUCACUGCACAUCAGACUUCGCUGCAAUCUGCCCUUCAGAGCGGUGCGUUUAUUGACUCUUGGGUUCAUAGCAAAUAUGAUAUGACUAAACAGGGUCAUUGUCAGUUGUGUGGGUGUCCUAAUACUCAUAGCCAUCUUUUGGUUUGUCCCAAAUAUUCCAGUUUACGGGCUAAGUUUUCUUUGACCAGCGCUGAUUUGCUCUCCUGGCCUCAAUGUUUUUCACUGCAUUUGCUCUGUCCACGUUCACCUUUCGUGGAUGAUUUGCGAGCCUAUUUCUUGCAGUUGCCAGACACCACGGCACUCUUUGAGAGCAUCCCAACCGGUGAAGAAAUGGAGCAUUUGUUUACUGAUGGCUCAUGCUUUGCUGAUGGCAGAUGGGAAGUUCAUUGCGCGUCAUGGGCUGUCUUCAAUGCCAAUAGCCAACAGGCGGUGGCCACAGGAUGGGUUCCAGGACUGGCGCAAACAAUUGGUCGAGGAGAACUGAUGGCCUUGGUGGCGGCGCUCCGUUGGGCACUUCGACAUGCUGUGCGCACGCACAUUUGGAUGGACGCCAAAUUCGUCCAUGAGGGCUAUGAACAACGCCGCCAUGGUUUUGUCGGGGACCUCUCAGACACACAUGCGGAUCUUUGGCUGCAGGUGGAACAGAUGAUUGCCGAGGGUGUGGGCACUCUUGCUUCUUCUUCAUGGAUACCCUCACAUUUGGAUCCUUCGCGGUGUGAAAAUCCCUUUGAAGAUUGGGUUGCCACCAACAACGGCAAAGUGGACCUUUUGGCAGUUCGCCAAAACCUUGCACGUCCAGUUAGCUUCUGGAAUCUUGUCAUGCGACAAAACCAAUGGGAUCAACUGUGGAGAGAGCGGCUGCAUCAGCUUCGCCAAUACUACUUUGGCAUCUUCGAGCUGACGCAUGGACCCAAUGCGAAGAAUGAGAUCACAGUGAUUGAAUCAAGUGACGAUGACGAAAGUGAGAGCAGAUUGUACAGUUUUGCAGACAUUUUGGCAGGGCGUAGCACUUCGCCUAAACACCCAGCUGCGAGCCGAUAUCAAACAGGUAUUGGCCUUUUUCACGGCUUCAAGGCCAAUUCGGCGGGCAGCCGACAUGGCGAGGCGGCUGCACAGAUGAAGGUCUCCACGGAUCUGGACAUAUCAGGCGAGCCCGGGAGCAGAAAUCAGGCCGAAUUUUUCGCUGGGAUUUGA